AUGGAUUUUUCACCUGACAUUUCAGAACGAAUUGAUACCCUCAGCAAAAAAUGUUUAGAGAAAAAGAAAGUCAUCCAAGACUUCAUUAGUCUGCUCUAAGCUCGAGCGGAACUCGAAGAGUAUUAUUCAAGAAGUCUUGAAAAAAUUGGUAAUUAUUAAAGCAAAUAGCUAGGUGAAUCACUUACUAAAUUGAUACAUGGCAAGGAUAGUUUAAAAGAUUUAUUCAUUAUAUUAAGAAGCUACUUUCACAUACAAUCAGAAUAAACUAGAACCUUUGCAAGAUAAAUCAAAAAUGAUGUUAUUUAAGAGUUGGAAUAACAUCUCAUAAAAGAGGAUGGGUGGUAGAAAGAAAUGCAAUUUCUCAAAUAAAAGCACUCCAAAGAAAUUCGAAGAAAUAUUGAAAGUUUAAAUUCAUUGAGAGAUGAAUAUAUUUAAGCAAUUAAUGAGGAGAAGAAAUACUAAGUCAAUAAGUCCAUUCAAAAAAAAUUCAGUUGCAAACAAAGCGAAAUCAAACUGCAAAAUUUCAUUGCAUAUUACAACCAAUAUAUUGAAUCUUAUUUUUAGGAUAUCGCUAUUGUUUAAGAUAAGUUUUCAAAUAUAGAAUUAGAAAGAAGAAAAACCAUUUAGGAUUCUGGUAUCAAAUUCUUUAUGUUUGAAAUUUCUGUUGUUCGCAAUCUACAAUAUGACCUAAGUGGAAUAACUCAAAAAAUUGAACAAUACAAUCCCAAAAAUGAAUUAAAUGAACUCUUUAAAGAUUAACCAUCUGACAAACCACUCCUAAGUAAAUUAAAUUUUGAGAACUAUAAAUCCUUCAUCCAUUCUCAAUUGAACUUUAAACCAGACAAUCAAAUGGCUACUAAGAAAAAGAAGCCCAUCUUCGAUUAAGCUACGAUUCCUGAAAAUCAAAGUGAUUCCGCUUAGUAAUUUAAAGAGACCAACCAAAUCUAUAUGAAAAUGUUCUAAAGUGCCAUGUUUAACAACAUCAUUACAGACGAAACUGUAACCAAAUUAAAUGAACUCCUUCAACAAACCUAACCAGCUGUCUAUGUUCAAUCUUUGGAUAGGAUUCUAAAAUUAAGGCUGAAUCAGGAGGAUGGUCUAUAAAAUACUGCAGAUUUCUAAGUUAGUCCAGAAGGCUAUGUUUCACUACACAAACUAAUUAUUACUUGUUUGGAUUAUUGCAAUAAGAAGAAUGAUUUUGCAUCCAUCAUUAUUGAUGCUUACCAAUUAACCCGAUCAAUUUAUAAAUUAAUAUAGUUGCCGAAUGACAAUCAAGAGAUUAAGAUGAGUGUCUUUGAGGGAUUAACAAACCAUCCAGUGCUCCAUAAUUCUUAGAUCUGGAUCAAUUAUGCCAUUCAGUUAUAAACUAUGCUUGCCAAUAACACUAGUGUUUUUGCUGAAAAUAAUGUCACUAAAGAAUAGACACAAAAAUAGAUGGAUGACUACAUCGAGUCUCUGCAGAGCAUUGGAUGUGAUUAACAAAUUGUUGAAGCAGUCAAAUUGUAAUUAAAUUAUAAUGUCAUACAGGAAAGUCCCAUUUAAUGA